UGGGACAUUUUAUGAUGACGAGGAGGAGGAGCUGUGACGUCAUAGUUUUUGUGCCGCUGUUUGACCUGCUCGCGCACCGGAAGCUGCGGAGGACUCUUCUCCUGUCUCUCUGUCUGUCUCUGUGUCUGUCUCUCUGUCUCUGCCUGUCUGUCUGUCUCUCUUUGUCUCCAUGCGGGUCUGUCUCCCGCACCGACCUUAAACGCCGGGCCUUCCUGGAGCCGCCGCCCCGGCCUCCCGCUCGCUCCGGCCGGCGGAGCCUCCCAGCUGAGCCCCGCUGAGGUGGCCUGGUUCCCGGGGAGUGAUGCUGUAGAGCGGCCGGCGGAGGAGAUGCUUCUUCCGGACUGACGAAGCAGAAAGUGUCGGUGGAAAAGCAGGAAGAUGUCCGGCAGGAUGCCUCUGACCCCGGUGAGCGAGAGAGAGUCCGAGCAGCCAAAGACUUCAGACGGUCUCCCCGAGCCGCCGGCCCCGCCCACCAAAUCAUCGAGCCGCCACAGCCUGCCGCCAUGCCGCGGCUCCGCGACGCCCGCCGCAGACGAACAGCCGCACGUGGGCAACUACCGCCUGCUGAAGACCAUCGGCAAGGGCAACUUCGCCAAAGUCAAACUGGCCAGACACACACUGACCGGCCGAGAGGUCGCCAUCAAGAUCAUCGACAAGACUCAGCUGAACCCGACCAGCCUGCAGAAGCUCUUCAGGGAGGUCAGCGUGAUGAAGAUCCUCAACCACCCAAACAUCGUGAAGCUGUUUGAGGUGAUUGAGACGGAGAAAACUCUGUACCUGGUCAUGGAGUACGCCAGCGGAGGUGAAGUCUUUGACUACCUGGUUGCUCACGGGCGAAUGAAGGAGAAGGAGGCGAGAGCGAAGUUUCGUCAGAUCGUGUCAGCAGUGGAGUACUGUCACCAGAAGAGGAUUGUUCACCGAGACCUGAAGGCGGAGAACCUCCUGCUGGACGCCGACAUGAACAUUAAAAUCGCCGACUUUGGCUUCAGUAACGAGUUCACGCUGGGCAGUAAGCUGGACACGUUCUGUGGAUCUCCUCCGUACGCCGCUCCUGAACUCUUCCAGGGGAAGAAGUACGACGGGCCCGAGGUGGACGUCUGGAGUCUGGGAGUGAUUCUGUACACGCUGGUGAGCGGCUCGCUGCCCUUCGACGGACAGAACCUGAAGGAGCUGAGGGAGCGUGUGCUCAGAGGAAAGUACCGGAUUCCUUUCUACAUGUCGACUGACUGUGAGAACCUGCUGAAGAAGCUGCUGGUCCUGAACCCGGGGAAACGAGGCAGUCUGCAGCAAAUCAUGAAGGAUCGAUGGAUGAACGCCGGCUACGAGGACAAAGAGCUGAAAUCAUACAACGAACCAGAACAAGACUUUAACGACCUCAAACGCAUCGAGCUCAUGGUGACGAUGGGAUUCCCCCAGGAGGAAGUGAUGAAAGCGCUGGAGGGUCAGAAAUACAACGACAUGACGGCGAUAUACCUGCUGCUGGGCAGGAAGCCGGCUGAGUUUGAAGGCAGCGCGUCUUUGUCCAGCAGUAACCUGGUUCAAAGGUCACGACCCAGCAGCGACCUCAACGGCUCCGCUCAGUCCCCCGCCCACUCUCGCAACACGUCGACCAAUCAGAAGCAGCGACGCUUCAGCGACCACGUGGCGCCCUCUGUCCCCCCACCUGUCUCCUACACCAAGCGUUGUCAUGCCAACAGCGUGGAGAGCGACAGGAAGGAGGAGCCGGCUUCACCUGUGGGAGCUCCGGACCGCAGGAGGUCAGCCACAGCCUCAGGGAGCAUAACUCGGAGGAACACGUACGUCAACGAGAGGACGAGCACUGAACGCCACUCGGUUGCUGUUCCCAACGGGAAGGACGUCAGUCUACCUGAGGUACCUGCAGCAUCGCCCUCCCCAUCGCCGGGGGCAACCGUCUCCUCCACGCGCCCCCGUCACGUCAAGUCCAUGUCGGCGUCGGGACAUCCCAUGAAGUCCUGCCUGCCCCCCAUCGACGACAACGCCGAGUAUCAGAGCUCCCCCCAGCAGCCUCCGUCAUCACCGUCAGCCUUCAGCGUCACCAGCAGCAGCAGCACCACGCCGGACCGGACCCGCUUCCCCCGCAACUCCUCCAGCCGCUCCACCUUCCAUGGCGCUCAGCUUCGAGACCGACGGCCCGCCACCUACAACGGCCCGCCGGCCUCGCCCAGCCUGUCGCAGCACACGGCCGCGUCGCUGGCCUCGCCACGCCGCGGCACCUCCACCUCCCUCAUCGGCAAGAUCACCUCCAAGUUUGUACGCAGGAGUUUAUCAGGUGAGUCCAAAGAGGAGGGCCGGGACUCGAAGCCUCGAUCGCUGCGCUUCACCUGGAGCAUGAAGACCACGUCCUCCAUGGAGCCGGGCGACAUGAUGAAGGAGAUCCGGAGGGUUCUGGACGCCAACAACUGUGACUACGAGCAGCGUGAACGCUACUCACUGUUCUGCGUGCACGGCGACGCCCGGCAGGACAGUCUGGUCCAAUGGGAGAUCGAGGUGUGCAAGCUGCCCCGCCUCUCGCUCAACGGCGUGCGCUUCAAAAGGAUCUCCGGCACGUCCAUCGCCUUCAAGAACAUCGCCUCCAAAGUGGCCAACGAGCUCAGGCUGUGAAGUACUUCCACUGCGAGGAGAAGAUCUCUGCUCCUCCUAACUGCUGUAUGACUCAGAGAAAACACACCUUAUUAUACGCGACACACUUACUACUAAAUGUUAUCACUAGAUGUUUGCCAGUGAAACCAAAUAUUAAAACAAGUGACGGUGCAGGUAGGCAGCAGGUUGUGCUUCGUCCCUCAGUGAUCCAACACGUUAAGGUCCAUCCUGACUUCCUGCUGGAGCCACACUUUCUGUUGUUUACGUUCAGAGUUGUCCAAAACUUUUCAAACUGUAGUUUCAAACCUCUCACAGAGAAACCUGCUGACUGUGUCCACCGUGCUUCAUGUUCGUCUACGUAGUUCAAUAAUUCCCUUUUGUCUGCACACGCUGUUUUAUUUUGAAAGUCGUCAUCGAUCUGAUGUGCUGAUCGAGGCGCCGUACGUCGAAAACAGUGCAGCGUGUUCUCGGCGGGCGCUUCUUGUGGAAUCGCGGUCGACGUCUACAACACGUCCGUGCUCGGUGGAAUUUAGACGUUAGUGAUUCGCAGAUGAAGCCUGAAUAGGAAAAGCAUGUGCAGGCAGCAGGACGUCACUGCAGGGCAUCGUCCAGUAAUCUGACAACAGUGUUUCCAGCCUUUACGUUACGAGAACGUGAAUGUUGGGAGUUAGUUCACAAGAAGAGAGCCGUGAGGAAACAGCUCCCGGUAAUGAUGGAGACACGGCUAACAGCUGGCUGCUAACUGAGCUACAAAUAUUCAUCCACAUUUAUCUGCUCGUUGCUUCCUGAUUAAAAUUCUUCGUGGGUUGUGUUGAUAUAAAGUCCGUGAACGCGGCUCACUGUGAAGGGUUGCACCUGUCUGUACAGUCGAGUCGCCCGGCGCCGGUUUGAUGUUUCAAAACCACUAAACUCCGAUCCGAGCUAACAGAGACUCCCUGCGUGUCCGUCACGUCACGUCACGUCUGUGUGUUCGACGUGACGUGACGGAGGAUACGUCUCCGAUAGCUGCUUGGUUCUGGAACCAUGGACCUGAUUUGGACCCAGAUCGAUCAACAAGACCAAACGUUUCAGUUUCAGUGUAGCGACUGACGUUUGCAGCUGCUGCACAGUUUACAGGUGAUGAAGGUGGUGAAACACCUGGACUGACCCGGUGUUUGUAUCACUGAGGACACGUGAUGACCUCUGACCUCCUGAAAGUGCUUUUGACUCCCCCUGCUGGCUGACGUUAGUAUGACUGCAAUAAUCUGUCAGUACUCCAACAUAAACCGUAAAACUCCUUCAGUCUUUUUACACGUUUCCAGCUGACAGAACAGAAUGUGUUUUUAUUCUUUGCUGUAUAAAACGACACCUGUCCAGGUGAAUAUGUGCAGGUGCAGUAUUGAUUAGUGCUGGGUUGUGUACAGAGUUUUUAUUGGUCCACACUGUGUACAUUCUUUGUUUUCCACCACUGAAAAUGUGACUUUGUUCUUAUUUUUUAGUCUGUUAGCAGUGCGAUAAAACCGGAUCUGCUCCAGUGACUUCCAGCUUCUGUUUCCGUUCUCGUCCCCGCUUCAGAUUUAAAGGUCCAGUCUGGUGUUUUUCUACAUUUCAUCAGUCAUCAACAAACGCCAUGAGCAUGUCUGAGGACGUCAUCUUUAAAACACCUCAGAGAAAUAUAAGUUCCUGAUUAAAACAGGGUUAGUGUGUCUGUUUGGGACUAUUCAUCCACAUCUGGUGCUCUCUGGUGUCUGUGGCUGCAGGACAGUGUGUAGAUGAACUGUGUGUGUGUGUUCAUGGUGACGAUAGUCGAUGAGUUCACUGUCGGUUUGAGAGAAAUGUAGAAAAUCAGCAGACGUUAAAGAUAAAUGCAGCAAAGCUUCAAACUUGAUGCUGAACUUUCCCUUUAAGCUCGUUAAAUACUGUUACCGGGUAGAAAAGUUCUGUAUCUAUUGCACCUCAGAGGACGUCAGAGGGAAAAGCAGCAAAUAGAUUGUGUCUAAAAUCUGAUCCAGUCUGGAUAAAGUUCUGUGGUUCUGGUUCUGCUCAGUAAUCAGUGAGGCCCGGACAGAGAUGACUGCAGCAGCCUCACAGUCUCCGCUCCGCUCCGCUCCGUCAGAAGAGAGAAAGAUUUUGAUUGGAUGUUAGAAGAACACCUGAAGACACCUGAAGACACUUUGUGUCAGUGCUGGACAGACAGAGGACAGAUGGACACAUGUUUGACUUCAUGGGGACUUUAUCCUGAUACUUUCUGACACAGUUUGUAGUUUUUCUUUCAGUUUGACUUUUGUUGUAUAUUUUCUUCCCACUAAUCUUCGUCUGUCUCUGUCGUGUUGGAGGUCCUGAGGGUUCACCGUGCAAUGCUUCUCCAUCAUCCCUGAGACUGGAGAACACUUUGUACUGUAUGUUGUAGCACUUAAAACCAGGAAGGGAACAAACAAUGCAAGCGUUCCUGUCUGACUGAGGUUAGAAGGUUUGAAUAUGACGCUGCCUUCAUGUCAUGAGGGAAAGACUGUAAAUCUGAGCCUCCUACUUGAAAACAUCCUUCACCUCAGCUCUCAGAUCGUAACUUGCACCGAGUGAUUCACUCGAUUCGUUAUGUUCGUCACCAACAGGAAAGUAGCAGAAGUCCGGUGUAGCCAUGAUGGAUUCAUUUUAAAUAAAAACACACAAAUUAAACAUU